GAUUGUAAAACUAUUAGCUGUGGUGCUAAAUUAGAAUUUCUAAGGCUAACUCAGGUUGCGCUUGUAGCUGGUGCAUUGCUUAGCUCGAUGCGAUCUAUUGCUUCAGGACUUAUUGCACCAAUAUUAUACUCAGGAGAUACUUCCCCAUUU